CAAUUCAGUUCAUCUCGAACGUGUGCCGUGUAAAGUUUGUUAAUUAAAAGCACCUUGAAAACGCAUAAAGUUCAAGAUUCAGGAAAAAACAAAUCCCAUCUGAAAAAAGAUAAGAAAUAAUUUGAAAACAAAAAAAAAAAAAAAAAUAGAAAAGCUAUAAAUGAUAUCAAGAAGAAAUAAUUGAAUUCAAAACACAAAAAUUUUGCAUUUAUCAUCCAUUUAAAUAAUUGAAAUUGAAUUCUGUGCAAGUGUUGAAUUGUAGCGAAAUUGAUUUGCUGGAAUUGCUUAAGUUCUUCAUGUCAUUGUGAGUGAAAUUGUAUGCUUUAAAUCAUAUUUUUGUAUAUUCGCCAUACAUACAUAAACGAAUAGAAAAAAAACGAAAACGAAAACGACCGCACACAGCAUCCCAGAAAGAAAAGUGUGUAGACCACUUCUAAAUCUGUGUCUGUGUUUUUCAACGCCAUUGCUGCUGCCCUCUAGUGUAUCUUGGUGUGUGUGUGUGUGUGCAUUCAAGUUGUUAUAACUUUGGCUCGUUUGUUCGACGUGUAUAGAAGAAAAUUGAGUGUUUGUGAGUGUAUGUGUGGGUGCCGUCCGUCGUCAGUUUCGUCGGUGUUCUUACUUCAGUGAUUCUAACGUGUGACGUGGUCGCAUCACAACUAACAAAGACCGGGGGUGUAUUUUCUCUGUGACAAAGUGGUGUCUUUUCUUUAUUCACGGGUUAGUUUUGUUUCCAUAACCAAACCCCCCACACCCACGAAAGUCAAACCCAGAGUGACAUCUGAUGUAUCGCAAAUAUCCACGUUAUCAAAAAAUUAAUAUUUACCCAGUGUCCCAGCUGUAUUAAACAGAGAGAAAGAGUUGAAAAGAAAAGCAAAAGAAGAGAAGAACAACAACAUCAUUCCAUUAGACAUUUUUUUCUGAGGAUAUCCACGGAUUGUUGUCUGUGUUAAGAAGAAGGAAAUUGAAUAGCCAUAAAGAGAACUUUGUUGAGAAGCUGUCAAAAGGACUCAAGGGCUAAGCAGCACCAAAACCAUCACCACCGCUAUUUGAACCAUUUCCAUUGAAAUCUGCACCAGUUCAUCAGCAUCACGAACAGUCGCCCUAAAUCGUCAUCGUCAUCGUUUGCAAUUUCCAUUCAUCGUCGUCGGCGUUGUCGCAUCUCUUCACAGUCGGUCGAGCACAACGAAGUGUAGUCUGAGCACAGAACCGAACCGAACCGAACUAACACAGCAAAAACCCAACAAAAACAGAAAAAAUGAAACAUUACCGCCACCAUAAUCAAGUUGUCUCAUCAUCAUCGUCGUCGUCGUCGUCGUUGGUGUGCACAAUAAUGGCGGUGGCAUUGGCCUCCUUGUCAAUGCUGCCACAUUUGGCGUGUGCCACAACAGAAGUCCAAGAGACACCACUGGCUCUGCCAGUUGGCGAACAGACACAGCCGACAACAGCAUCGCAGGGUGAAAUCUGGGAGGAAGAUGAUCACGAGAUAUUAAUACGCAAUGAACGUGGCACAAAGAACGAUGGACUUUCCUGUCGGUAUGGCAAGAAUCCAUGGACUGAAUGUGACACAAAGACUAAUACACGCUCAAGAACGCUGACAUUGAAGAAGGGCGAUCCAGCCUGUGAUCAAACACGAACUAUCCAAAAGAAGUGCAAGAAAGCUUGCCGCUAUGAAAAAGGCUCCUGGUCCGAAUGUGCCACCGGUCAAAUGACACGCGCCGACAAAUUAAAAGCAACAAGCGAUCCAUCGUGCGAAGCAACACGCGUCAUCAAGAAGAACUGCAAACCUGGCAAAUCCAAGGAUAAGACUGCCAAGGAACAACGUAAAAACAAAGAUAAAGGUGCCCGCAAAGGACGUGCCUAAUUUCCUUUCUCAAGUCUCAACUUCCAACAAGAAGACUCCCAGCGACAUUUAUCUCUAACAAACACCUAUGAGAGCGCAAGUAAAUCGAAUCGAAACCAAAUUGAAUAACAAAACAAAACAAAAAAACAUACUUAAACUUUAAAAUAUAAGUCUACAAUUAUUACAAAACAAAAUAAAAAGUAAAGAAUGAAUGAAUGAAACCAACCAACCAUCCCCUCCCCUUAAGAGACAACUACCAGUAAAACAAAAAUACAAAAGAAAAAACAAUUUAUUAAUUAAAUUUAAGCAAAGAAUAUUAAGACGAAAUGGAUAACCUUCAAUAUACUUCCUCCUUCCCCCUCCACAUUGAAAUUAAAUACAAGAAGAAGAAUUUUAAAUCGACAAAACAAAACAAAAAGUAAAGAAAGAAAUAAAUAAAAUAGUUGGAUGUAAUAAAUACCCGAUGAAAACUGAGAAGAUAUACCAAAGGAAAACACGGAAAUUGAUGAAACAUAAAAAAAAACACUGCAAGUUAAUUUCCCCCAUUUUAAAGUCCAGCGAAGAAAUUAAAAGAUAUUUUAAAAUUUUUAGUUUUUAUUUAAAACCAAAACAACAACAUAUAACAUUAAACUUUACCUUAACAACAUAAAAUAUAUGUAUUUUUAAACUCAAAAUAUAAAACAAAGAAAGAGAACAACAUUUAUUUUUAAAAAAAUUAAUUGUUGUCUUAGGGCCGGCUUCUGUAUGGCACGCGAAGGUGAAUGAAAAAAAAUAUAAUUUUAAAAAUUUUUCAAAUUUUAGAUUAAUUUGAAAAACAAAUUUCGGAUGGUGAAAAAAAAUAUAAUUUUAAAGAUUUUUCAAAUUUAACAUAUAUUAUGAAAAACAAGUUUGGUAUGGUUUUCCCUUUUGUCCUCAUUUUUGGUAUUGCCAUACAAAAUUGGGCCCUAAGACAAUAUAUUUUAAAAAAUUCCCUGCUAUGUAAUUUAUGAGUAAAACAACACUCUUCAAUUUAAAAACAUUCACUACAUCAGAGAUUGAAUUGCCAAUUAACUUCUAAAUGUUUCUUGAAUGAGACUAUUGACAAUCUUUUCAAUUUUUUUAAUAUGCAAUAUUUCAUCCGCAACAAAUUCAAUAACUAAUCAAUGGGUAUUUUUGUUAUGAUCUCCAUAAAAAAGAAGUUACCCUUCGAUAUGCCAGGAGAUAAGUUCUGGAAAUACAAACAAAAUACUAAUAAAUUUGUAAAUCGAGAAGCAUUUUUGUUCAAAUCCCCUAAAUGCAACUUCGAAGAGUGUCCAACAAGUUUUUUUUUUCAGAGACAUAAACUUACCCUUUAUGAAAAGUAAUUUCAAACCGUAAAUCAUAAUCUCUCUCUCUCUCUCUCGUAUAAAACAAGGCCUGGCAGAGAGUCGCUCGCUUGUGUUCUCCCACUGUUGUUACUCUCUCAUUACUUUUCUUUAAUGCUUCUGAUUGUGUGAGUGGAGAGUAUUGCGCUCACGCAUUUGAUUAGCUCUAGUAAAGCAAAUCAAUUGAUGAGCUGUUCGUAUGCAAAUGUGUGAAAAGUUUGUCCCUUAUCUUUAACAUUGGGUCAUGUACGCAGUAGGUGGUAGGUAACUAAUCCUGAAGGUCCUAGAGAAAUUGUUCACCCAAAAGAGAGACUACAGAAAGUGUACAAUCUUAUGGAAACAGUAGAAAUCUAUCAAAUGGGGUUCCAAGUGAGCCACUCUUAAAGGAAGUACUGGACAUGAUUGUCUGUUCUAUUUAAAGACGGCCUUCAGAAGAUUUAUUGAUGGAGGAUUUGAAAUGCGAUUCUUUCGAUAGUUUUUAUAUAUAUAUAUAUAUGUGUAUAUAAAAAAACUGUAAAGGGGUUUCUAUAUAUAACAGACCUGAGAAGAGUAUUAGAGCAGAAAAAUGUGUCCUCAUAGAAUACAUGUUGAGGUCUUCUAUGGAAGCCACUCUAUCAAUGAAAGUUCUAGAUAAGAUUUAUAGACGAUCUUCCUACAGAAGAGUUUAAUACCUCUUCUGAUCUGAUCUGAAAAAGUAUUCUACCCACAGAGAAUUUAUAGUACUCCUUCUAUAAAUCUAUAAAGGGUCUGAUGCAUUUAGAAGACUUGGAAAGUGUCUUCAGUCAGACCCGCAAAUGGACAUAUUGGAGCUCGAAAAGGUCUUUGCUCCUCAGAAAUCUUCAAAAAAAAGGCUUCUCCAGAUACUUCAGAUCUGUAAAAGGUCCUCUAUCCACAAAAGUCUUAAGAAAGUAUUUUACUUUUAGAAGGUAGAUAAAAUAUCUUGUUAGAGCUCCGUUGCCCAUAAUAGACCUAAAAGGACUCAUCCAUCCAUGGAAGAACAGUAAGAAGUCUACCAAAGAAACAUGCGGAAGGGGUUUCUUUUACCAAAAUGUAUUUAAACGAUGCUCCAUUAAGGUCCUUUAAAAUGCCGUUGCGGAGAAUUGUGAAAGAUAUUCUGUCCCUAGAAGACCUGUAAACCAGACCAAUAAAAUACCUUCAUAAGUUCAUUUGUCCGUAAAAAGGCUUCUACCCUCUACGAAUAGUCGAUGUUUGCAAUCUCUUUUGCCAAUAUAGGGCCAAUGACAGUUCUACUGACUAUAGGGCUCACAUAGGAGGUCUUUAUUCGGAAAUUACUAAGAAAUGGCUGAAAGUCGGUUCAUCAAUUGAAGAGCUCUUAUCAAUGAAACUUACUUAGAAGGUCUUCUCUGAACCGAUGGUCUCUGUACGACAUUUUCCCCAUUGAUGGGCUUUAGAAAAUUUGAAAAACUCCGGAAAUGGUGUAAGAGGUUCUUUUACAAGGAGAUCCCGUGCCGUAUAGGUAUCAUCUUAGAUUUCCAUGUUCCUUGCUAAUAGGCUCUAAAUCCUUUACCUUAUACCCUCAAAAUUGGAUACAUGUCGGGCCCUCUUCGUCUUUGAAGAGCCAUCAAGCUGUAUAUUGUCAUUGUCGAUGUCAUAUACACUGUAAAAGAGAUAGUUUCACAAUUUGUGGAAACUUCUCGGAAAUAGAGGAAUCGAUUUUUUAGAAAAUAGAAUCUAUCCUGCACAGGAACAUUUGAUUCAUCUACGUCAGAGAUUCCAGGGUUUUCAGAGGACUUCGACUAUAUUAGGGACUAUCAAUGGGUAGAGGUUUCAUAAGUUUUUCUCGGUAGGAAUCAACUUAGGCUGAUGUGAUUUUAGUUGUGAAUACCUAAACGGGUUCAAAUUGGAGAUCAGCUGAAGACUCGUUUGAUUCUUGAAGAUGGCUUUACCUACCCGGCUCGAACUGUUUUUUUUAUUUUGGCUCCGCGAAGAAUACAUUAAUGUCGUCCUUAGAAUAUCAUGCAUGAAUUUCGGCAAACCUCGUUCAUUCUGAUUUUAUUCGGUAGCCCUGUGGAAAAUUUGGGGCGGUAGCUUUAGAAACUCACACAUUCAUCUCCGUCGGGAUCUGUAGGAUUUUAGAGAAAUAGAAUUUCAUGAAGCGCUCCGCACUCCACCUUGGGCAACUAGACUCUUGCACGAUGCCUCAUUGAAAAAAACCCAAAAAGGGUUUGUGAUUUUAUCCUGUUACACUCCGUCGUGGCCAAAGGUGGGCCUCUUGUCUCUUGCUUUUAAGAGAACAUCGAUCAGAUUUUGGUUUUGGCCAGUUGGAGUACGAGUUGUAAAAGAAGUUUACUCUCCUCUUUUUAGUUUGGGGUGGGAGCUCCCGCGAGAACUGCUAUUUGAAAAAUUAAUGUGACAUUCAAAAUAUUCAAAAAAGAGUGAAAGUUUAAUCUAAGAGUGAAAUCGAGUGUACUUUACGCCUGCUCAUAAACGAGUAAGGUUUUUAAAGUUCUGCCAUUCAGUUGAAUGUUAUUUGGCUUAAGUAUCAGCUAAAAAUUCGCUACCAUUUUAGUCAAAUCAUUUCGUUUACCACUUUAUAUUUGAAUCAAUUUAUUUUAAUCCCUUUUCAGUUCCAAAACGAGAUAUACUUUAAUUAUCAAAAACAACGUAUUUUACGUCUUUCAAACCAAAUCUAUAAACCACAAAGUUUUUAAAUAUUCAAUAAAAUACAAAAGGAAAAAACUCAAUUGCAUACUACAAAAUAAUAACAACAACAACCAAAUACAAAAAUAAACUACUUCUACUGAACAGAAAAUGGAUAUAAUUACAAAAAAAUAAUAAAAACAGUAAAACACACACAAGCCUAACAUUGCUUGUGGCCCAUAGACAACUUACCAAUACAGACAUAGACUAUUUUCAAUAACCCAACAACCCCAGAGAAAUAUAAAUAGCUACAAACUUUGCCGAACAAAAA